CUUGUCUUCUUCUCCAUCCAAUCUGACCACUCAGCGAUUAAACCAUUCUGUUUCAUCAACCUUUGGUAAUGGGUAAGUAUAAGACCUGCAGAUGGCGAUCAUUAAUAGCAAUUGUUCUAAGGAUGAAUCUUUGCGUCGGACACCCAUUCCUCUCAUCCUCAAUCUAACAGCUUCACAGCCAGCCCAACAUGGACUCCAAAAUCAUUUCCAUGAGCUCGAUACUCAUCGCCGGGAAAUGUGUGCCGUAUCUCAUCGUGUCCUGGGUAAUCUCGGUCGUCAUCUAUCAGCUAUUCUUCCACCCUCUGAGUAGCUAUCCCGGCCCCUUUCUUGCCAAGAUCACCUAUGCUUAUGGCGGCAUUCACGCCAUCAAAGGGCGCCACCAUCUGAACACAUACAAGAAUUUCUUAAAAUACGGUCGCGUCUACCGAGAGGCACCAAAUCGACUCAUGUUCAACUCUCUAACAGCAAUCCAAGAUAUCUAUAUCAACUCCAAUAUCACAAAAGCCGCCGCGUAUCGUCACCCAGGGAGCCCACCCAAAGAAAACCUCUUUAGCGUCCGGGACAAUAAGCAAAUCGCAAGGGUCCCGGGCCACCACGUCACGGGCCACCCCGCCACGCGCUUUUUACGCAAAUUCGCAUAUAUAAAUCCCUAUACCCAAUGCAGUCAGUUUUUACCUUUUAACCUUCUUUUUAUAUUUAAUCGAAUUGCCUUUUUAUACUAAAUCUUAUAAUACCUUCAAUUUUUAAAGAAAAGCGUUAUUAAGGCGCUAUUUAUAACGUUAAGCUUAGUUUAAAUGUUAAAAUAGUAAUAUAAAAGUAGGAUAUUUUUAGGACUACUUUAUAAUGCUAUUUUAAUAGAAUUUUAACCUAAAAAGAAAUAAAUUAAAACUUUUAAUUUUUUUUA